GCCAAGAUAUUUUGUGUUAGAUCUCUGAAAGAAGUUUCAAAUAUCUUUAGAACGUUCGAGAAAAUGAUAAUAUCCACAGGUGGUGAGCACAAUAAUUAACAUGACCAACAUGAUAUAUUGUGUAGAAAGAUCAUUUUCGAAGUGUUGAAACGAUUGUUUGGACAAUGACCUCUAGUUUCAUGAAAGCCACAGCUACAGAAAAUGGAUAAUUCGAACCACAGGAAACAAUCAGAAAAGUCUUUCCCAUCUAGUGAUGUAUAUUCGUGAUUAGGUGGAAGAUUCUCGGCCAUGGCUUUGUGUUUUACACGUUUGUUGAAGUAAGAUGCAGCCAUGAUAAAAAGGUUAUGAAUACUCCAAGUCCCCACAACGAUAUGAUAGCAAACAAUUCGAAUAUCUCCACCACAUUGCACCUCAACUACCUCUCACCUGUUAUUCAUUUUAUUUCUCUUUCAAGUCCCCAAAACAGCUAUCAGUCUUUGAAAAAAUCUUACCUUCUCCAAUCUUUACUCGCCAAAUUCCACUUUGCCAUGGUACCAGAGAUUACCCUAAAGAAGCAUGAGCUUGGUGCAGGCUGCGUUGUGAAAUUACAAAAAAAGAGAGUCACAAAUAUCUGCAAAGGUAUUUGUUCGGAGAAUCGUUGCCAGAGUUUCUGCAAGAAGUGUCUAAAUGGAUGUACUGAUAGCACAAGACAUUGCAAAUUGGAGAUGCGGUCCUACGGACAUCCAGUUUUGGUUUUGGGUGUAAGAGAAAGGCAUAAUAGAACUUAUGUCACCUUUGUCAUUAUUUCAGCCCUAAAAGGGGUUUUUGCAACCUUUAAGGACUUCUUGAAGAAACGCGAUGGUGAUCCCAAAAAUCAAGAACCGACCACCCCUUGUUCCUUUGGCCCGAGAGAUGGCUGGCAACACGGAGAAGAAACAUAUGGGUUAAAAUACGCCGUUGAGCCUAGUGGUAUAAAUUUCACAAAGCUAUGUUACCUCGAACUUCAGCACAGGUAUACUCUCGAGAUUCACUCUUUCGUCACGUUCAGCAAUAGAAAGCAUCCCGGCACUAAGCAUGCUUAUGCCUUGAGAUUCACCGAAGAUUCUUAUGGCAAGAUUAUGAAGAAAAUUGGACUGGAAAAAGAAGUAUUUGUUCCAACUAGUGCUUUAAAAAAAGGAGGUGGAGGCGUUACAGGAACUACAGCUGCUCUCGAUACAGUGUCAUUGCCUUCUGUUGAUAUUGACAAGCGUCCUAUCGUAAUUGAAGAUUAAGAUUACGCACUAGCUCAAAGACGUAAGUCUUCUAGAGAAAGAUUCUAGCCUUCACAUCUGAUCAGCAUCCACUCAAGGCCCGACGCCAGUACUUGUUCCCACACAGCUGAGCCUACUUGAGAUAAAGAGCCACAUUGAGCUACGAUAAGGUCUAUGAAGCGAUCGGAUCUUUGAGCUUAAGAACUGAUUGUAUCACCGUUCCGGUACUCAUUUUCUCCUUAUCAAAAAUCGUCAGUCUAAGAUAAGUUUAGUAGAUAUGCUCAUGUUAGUCCAAAUACAACAUCUCAAUGAUUUCA